GUGCCUGGAGCGGAGUGUUACAAAUGGCACGGCCUCGAUGUUAUCAACAAUGUAACAUAUUGAACGCAUUUACACCCACCAAAAAAAAAAGAAAAUAUAUAUAUAUAUAUUGAACGCAUGAACAACGCAUGUAAUGUUACUGUAGUAGAGAUAGAGAGAAAAAAAGCAAUACUUUCUGGUCAAAUUAUAUAAUUAAUCAAAAUAUACACCACUUUUGCCCAUUAAAGAGACAACGACUAGUCUUCGUACACUAUUACCAACAAACUCUGCAUCUUCUUCCUCUUUUACUUUUCACCAUUUUACCACACAAAUAAAAAGGUCAAAAAAAAAGGAGACAUUGGACCUCCAAGUUCCCUCAACACCAACACGCUCUUUCCUCCUCCUCCGACUCCAACUUCACCGCCGCCGUCUCAAUGGAACCCGUCCAGCGUCAGCGUCCACGUGGCAGACCCCAAGGUUCGAAAAACAAACCGAAACCACCGGUCUUCCUCACCGUGGAGCCUCCCAUGAGUCCUUACAUCCUCCAAGUCCCCUCCGGAAACGACGUCGUCGCCUCCAUCAACCGCUUCUGCCGCGAAAGAUCCAUCGGCCUCUGCCUCCUCAGCGGCUCCGGCUCCGUUGCUGACGUCACGCUGCGCCAGCCUCCCCCUGCACCUCCCGGCUCCACCAUCACUUUCCACGGCAAGUUCGAUCUCCUCUCCGUCUCCGCCGCUUUCCUCCCUCCUCCCGUCUCCAGCUCCUUCACCGUCUCGCUCGCCGGACCUCAGGGGCAGAUCAUCGGCGGAUUCGUCUCCGGUCCGCUCAUCUCCGCCGGACCGGUCUACGUCGUCGCCGCGAGUUUGAACAACCCUUCGUAUUACCGGUUACCCGCGGAGGUGAAGCAAGAAAACUCCUCGGCUUCGGCGGAGGCAGAGGAAGGGAAGGGACAGUCGCCGCCGGUCUCUGGAGGAGGUGGAGAGUCUUGCCACAUUGAGGGCUCUGAUGUUGUCUGGACCCCCGCCGCCGGCAUACUAACCAAACCUUCCCUUUAGAGUUUCUGCUAUUAAUCAUCAAGAAUCAAUUUGUUUGCUUUUAAUCUUUGUUCUUCAUGCUCUCUGUCACUCUUUAAGUUCGACAUGAGUUUAUAUGAUUCGCAUUGUCUUCUAGAGAUAAUUAGAAUGUUUGUCCCCUAAUGAUUGGUUGGUUUAUUUAAAACAUUUCUUUAAUCUUAUCGCAUUGUUUAUUUUAUUGGAUGUCUGGUAGUUUGGCUGUAUAGUUAUAUGGUUUUAUAUUGACUUCUCCAGCAGAAGAUAUCCUUUGGGCAAUGGUUAAGUGGUCUCAUUAUUACAUGACAACAUCUCUCGCAGAUUAAACUAGUGGCCCAAAAGGUCUCAUUAAUUACUACUUGGAACAUAUCUAUACUAUACUAAAAGGGAGAUAUACUCCAUUCUAAAGCUGUCCACGUCGGAUAAAUUAAUUAGCCAAUGAGAGAGAAGUUUUUUAACACGUCAUUAUCAACUACGCUGGGCUUCUUCCCAUGGCCCAAAACGAAUCCACUUGAGUAAUCUAUUGUCUGGCGAUUUCUAUCGAUUUCUCCGUACUUCGUCUUCUCCGCUUCGACUUCUUGCAACCUCAAUUACCGCGAUCCCACUUCUUAUCAAUCAAUAGGUUUUACCGUUUCAAUCACUCAUUCAGUUCUUAUAUCUCUUCCAAGACGUUGUAUCUCUAUCUAUAAAAAGGUGAGGAUUCAUCCCUUCAGAAUCAUCCUUUUGAACGCCUCUCUGUUUCUACCAUUGUAGUAGGUGGAUCUUCAGCCAUUCCGUUUAGUUUGAUAUGUACGAUCGAGCUAGCAUCAACAAUCGGAGCCAUAACUACCCUAGAUUGUAUCACCGGAACCGUUCUCAUCCCCUCCUUGGAUCCACAAGUGUCAUCCAUCUUCCGUUGGGUCUGGCGAUUGCUCCGGGAAUGAAGCAAACGAAUGAGACGGCGGAAAGAAUAAGCUGAGGAAAAACUCAGGCUUUUGGAGAAGGAUAGAGGACAAACAGCGACUGAAAGGAUUUCGGAUACGAGAAUUAAGAUGUGUACGAUAACGGCGAAGACGGUGGGAUGUGAAAGCCGUAGGGGAUUUGUUGGAUAGAGAGUGUGUGAGGCCUGAUGUGAUAUUAGCUGAGGGAGAAGAAGACAGUGAUGAUGAGGAUGAUGAUACUGUGUUAUUGCAAUGGGAUAAGAACGAGGACGUUUGAUAUCAGCCGAAGUGAUCAGCAUUUUCUAUAAACUAUGAAAAUAAUUUUUUAUUUGUGAUCACAUGAAAUCCAGCGAUUAACUCUGUUGCUUCUUAAAAAGAUUAAUAAGACUAACUCUGUUGCUUCUUAAAAGUCUAGCAAUUUUGCUGUUUGGAGAUUUUGCUCACAGGACAUCGUUGCCGAUGUAGAAAGUGGAGGAAUUGUGGCGGAGGAAGAGCUUCAGCUAUUGAACAAGCCUAAUCAUGUAUCAACACCAGAGGAGGCCGAAAAUCAGUGUGGGAAAGCAGGCUGUGGCCAGGUCCUGCAUGAGCCCUUUCUGAAGUUCUUAAAGCAUGAAGAAGAAGAUGAAUCAGAGAUUUCCCAGGACAUGGAGAGACUCGCCCUGGAGUAUUACGAUCCCAAACCAGGUGAAUUUGUGGUUGGUGUUGUGACCUGUGGUUUCUGGUAACGAGAACAAACUUGAUGUGAGUAUAGUUGCGGAUAUGUUGGGGACCAUAAUGACGAAUGAGAAAGUUCCAUUGGAUUGUUAAGGAUGAUGAUGAAGAUGGUGUUUAAGUUGUGUAGUUUGCAACGCAAGGCAUGCAUGUGGUGGAGAUAGGACGUUGAGUGGAAGGUCUUUGCUUUCUUCUAGACGUUACUUUAGAAGAAUAGCUUGGCACCAAGUGAGGUAGGUCUCUUUUUGUUCCUUGAUUUCAAGAACUGUUACUGGUUGAUGUAUCAAGAAGAUUCUAAUGAAAAGUAGGUUUUUAUGUGGUAGACCAAACAGCUUAAUGAGCCCACUGAUGUUAAGAUAACUGAGUGGAAUAUCUCUCACCAGAAUUGAGGUCGGCUUCACAUGUUUGCUUAGAGUUCAUGCCGUUUACUGGAUUUAAUAGUUAGUUUUUUUGUUUAAUCUCAGGGCUUGAGAGGUUCUAUAUAGUUGAAGAAAAAAGUAAAGCAAGAGCUCUUUUUUUGCUGACUUGCAGUAAGCUUUUUGGUUUCACUGUUUCUAGGAUGGAAGCAUGAUAAGGCAAAACGUCAUUCGAUUGAAGAGUUUCAGAGAUAACAAGGAAUUGUUUUCAAGAUUGACGAACUCGAGAUACAAGCCGAACAUAGCGAGCUUUUGCAAGGAUGUGUUGAAAACUGGGUAGUAGUAAGCUAUGACAAGACAAAUCAUUAAAAAUAUGGAUGGUAAAUGAUGAUGGAAAGACAGAUGGAAAUGAGGGAAGUUGAUGAUUGUGUGUGAUAUCAGUAGAUAAAUACAAAAGAAACACGUACGUGUUAUCCACGUUAAAUAGCUGAGUGUAUCUUGGGUCUUUUUUGUAUUUAAUUCAGCUUGAGUUAUAUAUGUGUUUGUUUUAAGACUUUUAGUGCAAGUUUUUUUUUCUUCUCUGUUAUUGUUGUAAACUUGUGAUGUGAUCAUCUUUGAUAAAUAAGUU